CCCUGUUUCCAAUGGGAGAUGAAGAGCAGUCGCAGGAAGCAAAGCCAAAGUGGGAAGGCAAGGUAAGUGCAGGGUUAAAGGGGCCAACAGCAGAACAAGUAUGGCCACUCUUAGAGGACUUCUUUAACCUCCACAAAGUCUUCCCAAGCCUCACCAUUUGCUACGGAAUCGAAGGCGUCUCUGGACAACCAGGCUGCAUUCGUUACUGUGCGGGCUUUUCUAUCCCAUCCACUGGCCACAACGGCAACAGUGCUGUCACUCACAGUUGGUCCAAGGAGAAGUUAGUGGCCAUCGAUCCAUCAAAACGGACAAUGAGCUACGAGAUGGUCGACAGCAACAUCGGGUUCAACUCGUACGUGUCGACGAUCAGAGUCUUGCCUGGGAAUGAAGAAAAUGGUUCUACAAAAAUCGAGUGGUCGUUCGUUCUUGAUCCAGUGGAAGGAUGGAAACUGGAAGAUCUGAUUUCGAAAUACGAGUUGGGUCUUCAGAGGAUGGCUAAGAAGGUUGAGGAAACUCUUGCAUAAAGCGCACACCAGUUUGAAUAAAGCUUGAGAAUGAAGAAACUCUCUUGUUUGU